GUUUGUAUCUCUUGUUAAAUAUUGGAAACUGACUGUAAUGGCAGCAGAAUUUAUAAAGAGUUGCUGUAGAGGGUGCUUCUACGGAGAAACCGAAAAACACAGCUCAUCUGGAGACAGAGACUUGAAAGCAGCAGUCUCAAACAGCCCCAGCCCCAGCGUCUACGUCCACCCUCUGACUUCUGCUUCUGCGAAGCCUCAGCUGGGCUGCACUGAAGAUUAUCUGCUUUCCAAAUUACCAUGUGACGGCAAAGAAGUGCCCUUUGUGGUGCCAAGGUUUCAGUUAUCUUACAUUCAGCCCAGGACACAAGGAACCCUUUCGCAUCCGGAAGGCCUUGAAGGUUCUGCCAGGGCAUCCUUUGACGACCGGAAGACAGCACUUUCCAGUUCACUCCAGCAUGGCGCCGCCUACGAUGUCUACAACCCCUUCUACAUGCACCAGCACGUGUCACCUGACCUCGGCCGCCGCUUCCCUCCCCACUCAGACGCCGUGAGACUGUACGGAUCAGUUUGUGAUUUAAGGGCCAGCAAGCUUCCUAGUCCCUCUGGGCUAAGCAAAUCUAUGUUUGAUCUUACAAGUGCUUCUCAACGAUUCAUUCAGAGAUGUGACUCAUUAUCCAGUGUGCCCAGUAGUACUUCUUCAAGAAAGAAUUCUCAAGGGAGUAACAGAAGCCUGGAUACAAUUACUCUAUCAGGAGAUGAAAGAGAUUUGGGAAAAUUGAAUGUGAAAUUGUCUUAUAAUUCUUCAGUAGAGCAGAUAUGGAUCACAAUUUUACAGUGCAGAGAUCUAAGUUGGCCGUCUAGUUGUGGCGAUGCCCCUACAGUGUCUGUGAAAGGAAUGCUAACAUUGCCCAAGCCAGUGCACUUCAAGUCUUCAGCCAAGCCUGGGGCGCAUGCUAUUGAAUUUAUGGAAACUUUUGUAUUUGCUAUCAAACUCCAAAGUCUACAAACUAUAAGGCUUGUGUUUAGGAUUCAGACUCAGACUCCCAGGAAGAAAACCAUUGGUGAAUGCUCCCUGUCACUCAGAACACUUAGCACGCAAGAAAUGGAUUACUCGUUGGCUAUAACACCACCUUCAAAAGUUUCUGUUUGCCAUGCAGAACUUCAAGUGGGGACUUGUUUUCAAGCAGUAAAUAGCAGAAUUCAGUUACAGAUUCUUGAGGCACAGUACCUUCCCAGCUCAUCCACACCUUUAACUUUGAGUUAUUUUGUGAAGGUGGGAAUGUUUAGCUCAGGAGAGUUGAUUUAUAAGAAGAAGACACGCUUACUGAAAGCCUCUAAUGGAAGAGUAAGAUGGGGAGAAACUAUGAUUUUUCCACUUCUACAGAACGAAAAAGAUAUUGUUUUUCUCAUUAAGCUCUACAGUCGAAGCUCUGUAAGAAGGAAACACUUUGUGGGCCAGGUUUGGAUAAGUGAAGACAGUAAUAACAUUGAAGCUGUGAACCAGUGGAAAGAGACAAUUACAAAUCCAGAAAUGGUUGUUAUCAAAUGGCACAAAUUAAACUCCAGUUGAAGACUUCACAGAGUAAUGCGGUGAAGAACUUGGCAUGAGUUCAGACUCUGCCAGAGGAAAAGACAUGCCGAUCCAUUUAUUUAUGAAGGACAUAACUACAGUGUAUGAUGGGGUUUGAUAGAAAAAUAUAUAAAACAUAAUACAUUUUAUCAGAUAGCCAAAGUGAAGUAAAUAUUUUAAAAUGGUAUGAAAACAGAUGAUCAAAUAAAAAAGGAUAGUGUUAAGGAAAAUGAAAUAAGUUAUAAAGCCUGUAAGUAAAUUAGUCCCAGAUAGUUUUUUCUCCAUCGUGAUUUUGCUUUUGUUUUUUAAGCUUUGCUUAAACCUUCACAGCCGGCUCCGUCAAAGCCUCUGCAUUCUAAGAACUCUAGGAGAUUUCAGGACUACCGUAGCACUAGGUCUGUGGAACAGCUCUCGGCUCCACCGAUGACUUCCUGCUAUAUAUAUGUUUUCUCUCAGCAAAAAUGAAUUGAACCAUUUCAACUAUUUUCUCUACUUGAGGAAAACUGUGUUGUGCUUUAUAUUUUUCUUAUAAUGUGUAGGCUUUUACAUAGCCACUUGGCAAGCUGUUUGUCACCAAGAAACUUCAGGAAUAGAAAGCUGUGUUUUGACAAGCAUGAAUGAAAACUCCAGAAGGUUGAAGCUUAGAAAUCCAGCAUAUGCACAUCUUGCUGCUUCCUUCCUUCAAAUAUUUGACAUUUUGUUUUGUUUGGAGUUGAAAUAAUACUAUCAUCCAUGUGGUCCCUCCUAGUAGUUAGCAUGAUUAAAUAAGCUGAAGUGGAAAGAUCAAUAUUUUGUGAUAAUCACUUGCUUAUUUUUAUAAGUAGUUUAAAUAUCGACUGCUUGUUCCAUAAUGCAUCAUAUUAUUUUCACAUGUUUUUCAUACUCAUACCUACAAAUGCUGUGCAGCAGAUGUUUUCUUUUGCAGUUUCCUUUCGGGGAGUUGUUAUACCUUAGUAUAUGGGGAUCAUUUCAGCUUAACUGGCGACAAAAGGUGAAAGUGAAAACAAUAGCUUCUUGAAGAAAUAAAUCGCAUCAGCCAUAAUCACAGAAAUGUGCUUCAUUUUUGCUAAUAAGUAGACCAAGUAUUCUUAGUCGUCUAUUUUUUUUUCCUUUCUUACUUAGUCCCACGCAUGCUAAGAGAUAAUGAUAUUUUAGCCCAGAAAUACACAUUGCUAUUAAGUAAGCUUACUUUUCCAGGUCUAUGCAUCUCAUUAAAAAUUUGCCAAAGAAACCUUGGGAUCUUGUUCUCCUAGAUACUGUUUCCUUAAGAUACACAGUGUGCAUAUUUUACUCCUCUUUUGCUUCUGUCGCCUAGAUUUUUAUGAGAGUUUGGUGUUUCCUUUGGUGUGCCGGGGAAAGUACCAGCUCCAGUGUUUGUUAUUAUGGGGACACUUUCUAAUGGCCUCAUUGCCUAAGCUGUAAUAUUCCGAGUUAAAUUUCAAAUGCUUGAAGUUCUGGCUGAAAUACUGAGAGAAUUAAGGAACUGAACCCAUGAGAAAUAUGUACAUUUUGAAGUAGAUUUAAGGUCUUAAGUUAUUAAAAAGGAUUAAUGUAGCUUUCCAAAAUUGAGUUCUGUUUUGUGGAUGAUGAGCUGCCUUAAGGUGAGUACUGCCAACGUGUUUGGUAAUUUCAGAAUAGAAAGAAAAUUUUUAGAGUUAGUACUGCUUAAUUUUAAAUGUUUUGACUAUAAAAAAAAACUGGUCUCUAAAAGAGUGGUUAUCAUUAAUAACUGUAUUCACAGGACUCUGAUAAUGGCAACAGAUAUCUGGAAGGAAAGUGAUAAAAAAAAUGAUUCUGUGCUAACCUGAAUCACCAAGUGAGGUACAUGUUCUCAUGCAUGUUAUCCAUGUCUAGUCGUUAUCGAUCUGAUUCUCACACUGUGAAAUUCAUCUCUGGGUCAUCAUCCUUCAGUUUCUGAGGAAGGAGGAUGCUGAAAAUACCUUCCCAUCACGGUGGAAUAGGUUUAUUUUUUCAGAAAUAAAUUUGGUUUA